AUGAGUAACGGUGAUGAAUCCGACCCACACAGUACUGGAACCGUCACCUCUACUUGGUUUGAUGCACGAGCCACAUCUUACGGUGACAUCCAUGGUGGAGGCACUCAACGCUAUGGUCUAACGACCGCGGCAUUGAGCACGGCUCUAUUCAACGACGGAUACAUAUGCGGGACCUGUUACGAAAUCAUGUGCGCUAACGAUCCACAAUGGUGUUUGCCCCGAUCCAUCAAAAUCACAGAUACAAUUUUAUCAUCACCAGAUUACAGCAAGACCAUAAACACCUUGUGCAACCCACCACAAAAACACUUUGAACUCUCCCUACAAAUGUUCCUCAAGAUCGCCAAGGGCAAAGCCGGGGUCGUCCCGGUUAAGUGUAGACGUAUUCCUUGUGCGAAAAUUGGUGGUGUCAAGUUUGAAAUUAGAGACGACCCUAAUGAACAAUUGAUUUUGGCGUACAAUAUAGGAGGAGUCGGAGAUAUUAAGGCCACAAGGAAGCAGGACCGGAUGGAUAACAAUGACGAAGAAAUGGGGACAAAAUUGGGCGCCCGAGGUUGA